AUGGCGGACGCGGGCGCGGGGAGCCUGCACGGGGGGGACGCGGCGCUGCCGUGCCCGCCCGAGGAGCAGGAGCUGAGCCAGCGCCUCCGCCGCCUCUACCCCGCCGUUAACCAGGAGGAGACGCCGCUGCCGCGGUCCUGGAGCCCCAAGGACAAGUACAACUACAUCGGCCUCUCGCAGGGCAACCUGCGCGUCCACUACAAAGGUCACGGUAAAAAUCACAAAGAUGCUGCCUCGGUCAGGGCUACGCACCCUAUACCUGCAGCCUGUGGCAUUUAUUACUUUGAAGUGAAGAUCGUCAGUAAAGGUAGAGAUGGGUACAUGGGAAUAGGACUUUCUGCUCAAGGGGUCAACAUGAACAGGCUUCCUGGAUGGGAUAAACAUUCGUAUGGGUACCACGGUGACGAUGGGCACUCCUUCUGUUCUUCGGGGACAGGACAGCCCUACGGUCCUACAUUCACCACUGGAGAUGUGAUCGGCUGCUGUGUUAACCUUAUCAACAAUACCUGCUUUUACACGAAAAACGGCCACAGUUUAGGUAUAGCCUUUACAGACCUCCCUUCAAAUCUCUACCCUACAGUGGGUCUCCAGACUCCAGGAGAGAUAGUCGAUGCCAACUUUGGGCAGCAGCCAUUUGUGUUCGACAUUGAGGACUACAUGAGGGAGUGGCGAGCGAAGAUUCAGAGCACCAUUAAGCGGUUUCCCAUAGGAGACAGACUAGGCGAGUGGCAAGCCAUGCUGCAGAAUAUGGUUUCGUCGUAUUUGGUUCAUCAUGGGUACUGUUCAACAGCGACUGCCUUUGCCAGAGUCACGGACACCACAAUCCAGGAAGAACAGACCUCAAUAAAGAAUAGACAAAGAAUACAGAAGCUAGUAUUAGCAGGCAGAGUGGGAGAGGCUAUAGAAGCCACCCAGCAGCUCUAUCCUGGCCUCCUAGAACAUAACCCCAACCUGCUCUUCAUGUUAAAGUGUCGGCAGUUUGUGGAGAUGGUGAAUGGGACAGACAGUGAAGUACGUUGUUUCAGUGCCCGCAGCCCCAGAUCCCAGGACAGUUACCCCGGGUCCCCCAGCUUAAGUCCUAGACAUGGAUCAAGCAACUCACACAUUCAUAGUACCGGAGCAGAUAGUCCAACCUGUAGCAAUGGAGUCAUGUCCACAAAAAGCAAACAGAGUCACAGUAAAUACCCAACACUGAGUUCAUCAUCUUCAUCUUCCUCCUCCUCCUCCCCCUCAUCUGUGAACUACUCUGAGUCCAAUUCUACAGAUUCUACCAAAUCUCAGCAGCACAGUAGUACGAGUAACCAAGAAACCAGUGACAGUGAGAUGGAAAUGGAGGCUGAGCAUUACCCUAAUGGAGUCCUGGAAAAUUCAUCCACCAGGAUAAUGAAUGGCACCUACAAACACGAAGAGAUCCUGCAGACGGAUGAAUCCAGCAUGGAAGACAGCUGCCCCCAGAGGCAGCUCUGUGGAGGGAACCAUGCUGCCACGGAGCGAAUGAUCCAGUUUGGACGGGAGCUGCAGAUGCUGAGCGAGCAGCUUUGCAGAGAAUAUGGGAAGAACACAAUGCACAAAAAGAUGCUUCAGGACGCAUUUAGCUUGUUAGCUUACUCAGACCCUUGGAACUGCCCCGUUGGUCAACAGCUGGACCCGAUCCAGAGGGAACCUGUGUGUGCUGCUCUUAAUAGUGCUAUAUUGGAAUCUCAGAACCUGCCAAAGCAGCCCCCGCUGAUGCUUGCCCUGGGCCAGGCCUCGGAGUGUUUGCGCCUCAUGGCUCGUGUGGGUUUGGGCUCCUGCUCCUUUGCCAGAGUAGACGACUAUUUGCACUAGCCACCAGAGCAAGAUGGAGUUGACAUCGUUGAGUGCUGCCCUUCACCCUCCGUUGCUGCCACUCUACACCACCACCUCGUUCGAUAGCCUGACCUCCCUGCCACCAACACCCCCUCUAGCGCACACACACACACUGCCUGUGAAAGGAUUGAGUGAGUCCCUCACUGUGUGGCUAUUCCUGACCCCAGGAAUGACUGGCAGAUCUUACCUGUCUCCCUGCCAUUGCUGCGGCUCCAGCGGCACUCAGUAUUUCGUUGGUUAUUCUAAUGUAGCGCCUUCCGAUGUAGGGAUUUCUCUUUAUUUUGAUUUGAGUUGUUUAUCAUGGAUCCACCAGUGUUUUAUCUGGAGAGUUUUGCUGAGCUGGUUUCUGCUGAUUUACUGAGGAAGCUCAUCAAGUUGGUAACAGCUUGUUCUUUUCUUACCUUCUCCCUCCAUCGUGCACAUACAGCAUCAUCUUCUGUGCUAGUUAUCUGAACUCUUCUCGCAGUGGCAGUUCAGAGGGAUAUUUUUUAUUUUAUUUGAAUCCUGUUUAUUAAAAAGGUCUCUUCCACCUCCACAAAGUCAUUGAUGUAUUUAUUGCCCACAGACUCGGUCCCAGCCAUACACAUCAUACAACCCUGCAGGAGACCUGGUGAGGUAGGUGCUGUCAUGCACCGAUGAUGGGAAUUGGAGGAGCUUGGUCCUUCA